AGCUUGUGCUGGGCCUGGGGCCCCAGCUGUGCUCAGACGUCACCAAGAGUGCAGCCUCCAGCUCCGGCCACACUGCAGGAAUGGCAGCUCUCACACUCCUGUCCAUUGUGGCCUGCCUCCUUGUGGGGAACAUGGGAAAGAUCUUCCGGCGCUGCGAGCUGGCCCAGGUGCUGCACCAGGCAGGGAUGGAUGGGUUCCGAGGCUACAGCCUGGCUGAUUGGCUGUGCAUGGCGUACCAUGAAAGCCGGUUCAACACGGACACCGUGGAUCAUGAAGCUGAUGGCAGCACUGACAACGGCAUCUUCCAGAUCAACAGCCGCCAGUGGUGCAAUGACUACAAGAGCUCCACCCGGAACCUCUGUCACAUGCACUGCAGUGAUUUGCUGACCAGUAACAUCAACGAUGACAUCGUGUGUGCCAUGCAGAUUGUGCAACAGCCAAGGGGAAUGGGGGCCUGGCUGGCCUGGAGGAAACACUGUGAGGGCCAUGACCUCUCACAGUGGGUGGAAGGAUGCAAUGUGGGAAGUAGAUGA